CAUUUGCACUUGCGACAGCCAGCAGGACUCAGCUGAGCCGGUGAUUUCAGAUCAUGUCCAUGGCGCCCUAUUUACCCAGAAACCUCCACGCCCCAGAACUCACCCUAUGUUGCAGUCGAUACCAAACGCGCAGGCGCGGAGAGACCCGGAAGCGGUGCGGCCAAGACUCCGGAGGGUCGGCGGCGGGAUAGAACAAGCAGAGGAUAUUGAUGCUCGGGAAUCUCAAACUCCUUCAGUUAACCAGCACCUGAACGCGUGGGAGGGAUUCACUGUGUCAGCUGAGCCGACGAGGCACCAUAAAUUCCGCAGCAUGGAGACAUUAUUCACUAGCUCUGAGAGUGAGCUGGGAUUCACUCAAUCUUCCCACCAGCAAGAUCACGCUGUGGAGAAACCAUUUCCCUGUCCCGAUUGUGGGAAGGGAUUCACCCAAGCAAACAACCUGAAGAGACACCAAAAACAAGUUCACGCUGAGGAGAAACUAUUUCCCUGUCCUGAUUGUGGGAAGGGAUUCUCUCAAGUCUGCAACCUGAAGACGCACCAGAGAAUUCACACGGGGGAGAAGCCCUUCAUCUGUUCUGAUUGUGGGAAGGGAUUCACUGCAUCAUCUAGGCUACAGACACAUCAGCUGAUUCACAUCAGGGAGAGGCCGUUCACCUGCUGUGAGUGUGAGAAGGGAUUUAUGCAGUCAUCUCACCUGCUGUCCCACCAGCGGAUUCACACUGGAGAGAGGCCGUUCACCUGCUCUGAGUGCGGGAAGGGGUUUGCUCAGGCCGGCAACCUGAAGAAACACCAGAGAAUUCACUCAGGGGAGAAGCUCUUCGCAUGUUCUGAUUGUGGGAAGGGAUUUACUGCAUCAUCUGGGCUGCAGAGACAUCAGCUGAUUCAUACCGGGGAGAGGCAAUUCACCUGUUCUGAGUGUGGGAAGGGGUUUGUUCAACUGGCAGGCCUCAGGACACACUAUCAAAUUCACACCGGGGAGCGGCCAUUCAUCUGCUCUGAGUGUGGGAAGGCAUUUACACAAUUGUGUGGGCUGCAGAAACACAAGCGGAUUCACACCAGGGAGAAGCCGUUCACCUGCUCCGAGUGUGGGAAGGGAUUUAUGCAGCCAUCUCACCUGCAGUCACACCAGCGGAUCCACACUGGAGAGAGGCCGUUUGCUUGUUCUGAGUGUGGAAAGGGAUUUAUUGAUGUAUCUGGCAUGCAGAGACACCAGCAGAUACACAGCGGGGAGAGGCCGUUCAUCUGCUCUGUGUGUGGGAAGGGAUUUGUACAGCCAUCUCACCUACACUCACACCAACAGAUUCACACUGGGGAGAAGCCAUUCACUUGUUCUGUGUGCGACAAGGGGUUUGGUAAAUUAUACGGGCUACAAGUACACCUGCGAAUUCACACUGGGGAGAAGCCGUUCAUUUGUUCAGUGUGUGGGAAGGGGUUUACUAACUUAGCUGCAUUACAGAGGCAUCACAGAAUUCACACUGGAGGCCUGAAGCCUGCUCUGAGUGUGGGAAGAGAUUCAUUCAGUCUUCCCAGCGAUACCAAGCGCGCAGGCGCGGAGAGACCCCGGAAGUGGUACGGCCAAGGCGCGCAUGCGGUCCGUGGACAAAAGACUCCGGAGGAUCGGCGGCGGGUAGGAGCGGGGAUCCGGGCGCGGGAUCAGUCAGCACCGAGGCCCCGGCCUGAGGAGCGGCCCCCGGCUGCGGGGAGAAUCGGUGCGGCCCCCGGGGACACGGUGGCCCGUCACCUGGGGACGGUGCGGCCAUGGAAGCGUAAACAUGGAUUCCCUGCCCCCUGGACAGUCUGGAUAGAACAAGCAGAGGAUAUAGAUGCUCGGAAAUCUCAAACUCCUUCAGUUAACCAGCACCUGAACGCAUGGGAGGGAUUCACUGUGUCAGCUGAGCCGACGAGGCACCAUAAAUUCCGCAGCAUGGAGACAUUAUUCACUAGCUCUGAGAGUGAGCUGGGAUUUACUCAAUCCACCCACCAGCAAAUUCAAGCUGUGGAGAAACCUUUUCCCUGUCCCGAUUGUGGGAAGGGAUUCACUCAAACAAACAACCUGAAGAGACACCAAAGACAAGUUCACGCUGAGGAGGAACCGAUUCCUUGUACAGAUUGCGGGAAGGUGUUCUCUCAAGCCUGCAACUUGAAGAGACACCAACAGCAAGUUCACGCUGAAGAGAAACUAUUUCCCUGUCCCGACUGUGGGAAGGAAUUCUCUCAGGCCGGCAACCUGAAGAGACACCAGAGAAUUCACACAGGGGAGAAGCCAUUCACCUGUUCUGUGUGUGGGAAGGGAUUUACUGCAUCAUCUGGGCUACAGACACACCAGCGGAUUCACACUGGGGAGAGGCCGUUCACCUGUUCUGAGUGUGGGCAGGGAUUUGUCCAAUUGGCAAACCUCAGGACACACUAUCAAAUUCACACCGGGGAGAGACCAUUCAUCUGCUCUGAGUGCGGCAAGGGAUUUACACAAUUGUGUGGGCUGCAGCAACACCAGAGGAUUCACAUCAGGGAGAGGCCGUUCACCUGCUCUGUGUGUGGGAAGGGAUUUAUGCAGUCAUCUCACCUGCAGUCACACCAGCGAAUACACAUUGCAGAGAGACCGUUCACAUGCUCUGUGUGCGGGAAGGGGUUUAUUGAUCACUCUGGGCUACAGAGACACCAGCAGAUUCACAGUGGGGAGAGGCCAUUCAUCUGCUCCGAGUGUGGGAAGGGAUUCACUGAUUCUUCCAGCUUGCUGACCCACCGGCGAAUUCACACUGGGGAGAGGCCGUUCACUUGUUCCGUGUGUGGGAUGGGAUUUGUGCAAUUAUCUCAGCUGCAGACACACCAGCCUAUUCACACCGGGGAGAGGCCAUUCACUUGUUCCGUGUGUGGGAAGGGAUUUAUACAUUCCUAUCGGCUACGGUCACACCAGCGGAUUCACACCGGCGAGAGGCCGUUUGCCUGUUCUGUGUGUGGGAAGGGAUUCACUGGGGUGAACUACCUGAAAAAACAUGAGCGGGUUCAUACCGGGGAGAGGCCGUUCCCUUGUUCCGUGUGCGGGAAAGUAUUUAUAGAUACAUCUCGGCUACAAUUACACCAGCGAACUCACACUGGGGAGAGGCCGUUCACCUGUUCUGUGUGUGGGAAGGGGUUCACUGGGUUGAACUACCUGAAAAGACAUGAGCGAGUUCACACCGGGGAGAGACCGUUCACUUGUUUUGUGUGUGAGAGGCGAUUUAUGGAUGCGUCUCAGCUCAAAUCACACCUGCGGACUCACACUGGAGAGAAGCCGUUCACUUGUUCUGUCUGUGACAAGGGGUUUGGUAAAUUACAUGGGCUACAAGUACACCAGCGAAUACACACCGGGGAGAGGCCGUUCACCUGUUCUGUCUGUGAGAAGGCGUUUACUAACUUAGCUGCGUUACUAACACACCAGAGAAUUCACACAGGGGAGAGGCCGUUCACCUGCUCUGAGUGUGGGAGGGGAUUCACUCAGUCUUCCCACCUGAAGACCCACCAGCGAGUUCACGCUGCGGGGAAACCAUUUGCCUCUCCCAACGGUGGGCAGGUCGGCACUGAUGAUCUGGUGACCAACCAGCAAAUUCACACUGAAAUUCACAGUUCAUCUGUUCUGUGUGUGGGAAUGGAUUCACUCAUUCAGUCUCCCAACCUAGUGACCCAUGAGUGAGUUCACACUGGAAGGGGAGUUUCAAUAAGCUGUCUGUUCUGUGUCUAACCAUCACAGUUGCCGAAUCCUGUGUCAAGUCUACAAGUGUCUGCUGGUGUUGUGCGGCUGCUCAUUACAUCUAGGACUCGCAGGUCACUGGGCACAGUUGUGCUUCGUUCCACUGAUGAUAGUUUGCAUUUAUUUUAUUGUCACGUGUACUGAGGUACGGUGGAAAGCAUUUGUUGGGUGCGGCGGAGCGAUGUGGGGUGGGCUGGGGCGGGACGCUGAAGAACAAAGGAGGACCCAGUGUGCGGGAACAGUCGUUCCGGGGGGAGAGAGAACAAAGGAGGACUCUUGGGUAUUUCACUUUGACUUGUCAUGUGACAAUAAAGCAUUAAUUCAAUGGAAAGACAACACAUGAUUAUACCUGCUAUUCCCAUUGCUAUAUCUGAGCUGGGGUUUAAUUAUCUGGGUUUGUGAUAAAUGAGUUCUGUUGUAAACCUGGUGGCUCCGGUCCUUUCCCCUAUCUCUACAACACACUCCUUCGAUGAACCAGGAGGUCCACAUUCUUCUGAGUUCAGGAGUUAUAGGAGCAGAUCGGUCAGGAUAGAGAGUUCACAUUGGGGAGAGAGCAUUCACCUGUUUACUAUGGGAAUGAUUUCACUUGAUUAUCUGAGGUAUUGGCACACCAGCUCGUUCACACUUGGGAGAAAGGUUCAAUAAAAUUUUGGUUUUGGCGUUUCACAUCUCCCGCAAGUCUGUAGUUUUCUGACUAUGUGGUUAAACCUGAUGUUCAUCACAGCCAGGACUAAACCCUGGUCAUUGGGGAGUUUUGGAGGUUGUUCUUAUGUUGUUAGUACUUCCUGUAACUGGGCUGUAGUUUAAUAUCUUGGAUAUGUGACAAAUAAAGGAGUUCUGUUGUAAAA